CAAUCCGGCAACAUUACGUUUGUUUAAACAAUUGUGCACAAUUUCACAAUAUUAUUGUUUAUAAAUUUUUAAAACAAAGUUUAUUUGAAAUAAAUUUAAAAAAUGGCAUAUAAUAAGGAAUAUAUGAUUUUCGUUCUAGAUGUUCGUCAAAGUACUCCAGAGGAAUUUAAACAAAAAUCAAUUAAAUGCUGUUCUGAAGUUAUUAAACGCAAAAUCUGUUGUGCUAAGAAAGAUUACAUGUCUUUUGUAUUAGUGGGCACUAAACGUACCUAUAAUGAUGUAAAUACCAAUGAAUCCCACGAUGGCUAUUUAAAUAUCGUUCAAUAUGCUGGGGAAAUGGAAAUGCCAUGUUGGCAGUUGUUAAUGAAUUUUUAUCAAUUUGUCAAUGAAACGGCGGCGGAUAAAGGCGAAUGGCUGGAUGCCAUAGUGGUGGCUUUUAGCAUGUUAAAAGCUGGCUCAGAAUGUAAGAAAGUACAACGCUUGAGAAUGGUAUUGUUUUAUGAUUUUAAUGACGGUAUAAAUUCCUAUGAUUGCUUUGAAGACGUAACUAAAAGUCUAUUGGAACACAAUAUAGACUUAAUAGUGGUUUCUCCAAAUAUUGCUUAUAUUGAUAAUGAAGCCAAUAACUUUUUACCGCAAGCCAUAUUUAACUCUGACAAAAGAAGCCAACAACAAGUAGAAAAUGAAAAAUAUGCCUUGCGCUUAGUACACGAAUGCAAUGCUAAAUUAAGUAAUCCAAAGGAAGCCGAGUUUUUUAUAUCUAAAAGUGAUAACAAACGCCCUUGGACCUGGAACAGCGAACUACGUAUUGGUACAAAGAUUGCAAUUAAAAUAACGGGAAUUAUUGCAGCCAAAAAUGAAUGCACAAUAAAAUUGAAAAAAGUCUGGAAUGAAGCGGACGAAGUUCUGACACGUGAUUGGGCUUACUCUAUAGAGGGCAACAGAAUAACACCGAAUGAGGAUGAUUUAAUGGAAGGCUACAUGUUGGGUGGCACCCCAAUACCCUAUGAUGAAUCAGCGAAUGAUGAUAAAAUAAAACUACCUCCUGGUUUGACAUUUAUGGGUUUUAUACAACGCAAAUCCGUAUAUGAUGAAUAUUACAGUGGUGACACAGUUUAUAUGGUUUUACAUCGACGUGGUGAAACACGAUCGGCGAAAAUAAUCAAUGCUUUAGUGCGGGUACUGUUGAAAGCCGAUAGAGCUAUAUUGUGUUGGAAAGUGUACAGUGAAAAGUUCAAUAAACCGAGAAUGGUGAUUUUGAUGCCAAAUGAGCUCAAAGAUGACAGCCCUGCUUCGUUCUACAUGUAUGAGGUGGCUUACUACGAACAAUAUCAUUUCUUUGAGUUUCCCAAAUUAGCUUCUAAAAAAACCGAAUGCUCUGAAGAGCAAUUAAAUGCCAUUGAUAAUCUGAUCGAUAGCAUGGACUUAACACUCGACUCUAAUGAUCCUCAAAAGCCCAGAGAGACACGUCAAAAAGAUUUAUUACCAUUCGACAAUCUUCCCCAUAUUUUCGAGAAAAACUUUAUAGAUUUAAUGGAACGUAAGAUACUUUGCAAGGCCAGUGAAGAGGAUGAAUUUUUUGAUGAAAUUUUAAAAGAUAAAAAUUUUGCCGAAAUCUUCUGGAAAGUUCCCGAUCAAAUUGAGGAACAGGCCAAAGAGGCGGCAAAAGAGGUCAAAAGAUUGUUCCCCUUGAAAGUUAGUGAUGCUUGGCUGGAAAAAGCUAAAGCUGAAGAAAGAAUUAAGAUUGCGCGACUAACUCAGACAGUAGAUGAUAUGGCCUCUAUAUCGGCCAGUCAACUAUCAUUUGAUCAUGUUCGUUCUUCGACGCCAGCCGAUGACUUUGAGCAAUUACUUAAAGCCUGUGUAUUCCCAAUUAAAAAUAGUACACAGCGUGAUGUGAAAUUUAACCAUUAUGCUUCACAAAUACGUGUGGUAAUAAAAGAUCUGAUAUUUAAACCCAAAUCAUUUGGCGACAUAAAUUUGGAUAAAAUCAUUUCGGCUUUAACGGUAUAUCGUAAACGUUGUUUCAUCUUUAAUGCCUUCGAUGAUUAUAAUACUUGGAUUUCUUCGAUAAAGACCGAAGUUGUAAAUCGUCGUAUGAUAAAGUUUUGGCAUGAAGUUAUUGUACGUCAUGAAUUGGGUUUAUGCUUUAUUGGCGAGCCUUCGUUGGAUGAGCAGAUUAAGGAAAAAGAAUUUUACAGUUUGGAAUUUAGCGAUAGUGAUGUAGCACAAAUGGAAAUGAAUGAUUCUGAUAUGGAUAAUUUGCUGGCAGAUUUACCUUAAAUAAGAUUUUUUUUAAUAUACAUAUUUAUCUUUAUACAUUAAAUAAAAUUUUAUAAUUGUUA